CGGGUGAGCAUAUUUCCGCCCUAUCUUAUCUACGAAACGUACCCACCACUCAACUGAUAAGCAGGUGGUAUUGGUGACACUGAUAACGGAUACCGAAAUGCGGUUACGCGUAUCGUCCUCCGGCCAGAAUCGAUUCAACCGCUUCGUCCGACAGACGCAGGAUUCACCGGUGCCUGGAAUUCCUGCUGUGAGAAACAACCAACCAAGACCGCAACAUUGAGGUUACGCUACAGGUGUCGCAACACAACAAGUGGCCAUCGUGGUGCAUCGCUAUCGCACGCAGCUAUACCACGCUUCAAAAUGGUUUCCGCGGAAACGAUCGGUUCCAUCUUUAUUAAAGUGUUCAAAGUGGUCAUCAACAUUGUGGUGCUGAUCAUUUACCGAACGGGCUAUGGAGGAGAUUUCCUCGGCAUCGGCGGCACAUGGAACCUGAACGAGGAAAAAAGUCCCGACGCAGAAAUCGUCGCAUCCGGUGUGUUUGUGGGUUUCAUCAUCUACACCGGCGUGCAGCUGCUCACGUUCGGGUUCGGCACCACCAAGCACAAGUACGAGCUGUCCGACACGAUCAUGAACGUGGUCGGUACGUUCAUGUGGGUUGCUGUCGGCGGUACCGCUCUACACUAUUGGCACGGUUACCUGGCCGAGCACGACUUUGAAAACAUCACUUCCGAGCGAACGGCCGGGCUGGCGUUGGGAGCACUGUGCGUCAUCAACGGAGCCCUCUAUCUGGCGGACUCGGUGCUUGCCUUCAUUCACUACACGAAAUAUGCCUAAGUUAAGGUACACCUAAGUGACUAUUGCUGACAUUGUUUAGGAUGUAGUGUACGCAGGAUUAGCGAGACUUAAGGUUUAAAUUUUAUCUAAUUUUUAAUGGCCAACGCCGCUGGUUGCUGGUUUGUCUGGGCUCAAGCUGUUUUCUUGCAGCUCUAUGCUUUUCCCUCCAAUAAAAAAACUAAAAAGCAUUCUUUUUAACACAGUCGCCGAACUUGCCACUUGACAAUAGCUGUGCGGUAAUUAUGAUAUAGAACUUACUACCAUCCACCAACAAACAGAGACAAAUAAAACAUUUUCACUAAAACCAUG